AUGUCGUUGCGCAGUUCUCUCGCCGUCACGGCCGGCGUGCUCGGCGCCGUGACCUCGGCCCGCGACGUGCCCAGCAACGUCAAGAGCUUCUACGACGGCGUCCGCGCGCAGGGGCAGUGCCGCAAUGUGCUCGCGGGUGGAUUCCACAGCGUUCAGGGCGACUCUGGCAACUUUGACUACUGCGGCGACCACGCGCAAGACCACAACGUCAUCUACCUGCAGGGCCGCGGCGGGCAGCUCGCCAACAUGGACAUUGACUGCGACGGCAUCCAGCGCGGCCCCGCCGACGACGGCCGCUGCGGCUCCUCGGGCGACACGCAGUCGCAGACGUCCUUCCGGGACACCGUCGCCUCCUACGGCACCGGCCAGCGCGACCUCGACGCAAACGCCCACCCCUACGUCGUCUUCGGCAACGACGGCUCCAAGCCCGGGUGGCGCACGUUUGACCCCCGGCGGUACGGCGUCGAGCCCCUGAGCGUCAUGGCCGUGGUGUGCAACAACAAGCUCAUCUACGGCGUCUGGGGCGACACCAACGGCGACGACGGCGACCAGCCCAUGGUCGGCGAGGCCUCCAUCUCCCUCGCCACCGCCUGCUUCGGCCGCGGCGUCAACGGCAACGCCGGCCACGACGACAACGACGUCCUCUACAUCGCCUUCCCCGGCAAGGACGCCGUGCCGGGGGCCCGCGGCGCCAAGUGGAACGCCCAGAGCUACGACGAGUUUGAGCGCAGCAUCGAGGGGCUCGGCGACAGGCUCAUCCAGCGCAUCGGCGGGGACGGAGGCAACCCACCGACGAAUCCCCCUGGUGGGGAUGACUGCUCCUGGAAGGGCCACUGCAAAGGCGCCUCCUGCGGUUCUGACAACGACUGCUCCGACAAUCUCGUCUGCUCCGGCGGCAAGUGCAGCGCGUCGCGCAGCACUUGCACGUGGGAGGGUCACUGCGAAGGCGCGUCGUGCGGCAACGAAAAUGACUGUGCCGAUAGCCUCGUCUGCCGCAGUGGCAAGUGCGCCCAGUGA